UUUUCAACCCUUUAAAAUUGAUCAUAAGUGAUGGUUUUAAUAUCAGCUACUAUGAGAUAUCUCUUCCUAACAAUAUCUCCCAUGUUCUUCUUCCUUCUUACGAUCCUUGCAUCCACCGAGCCACGUCCAACUCCCAUACUAAGACAUGACAACCAAAGCAGCGACCUCUUCUCCGCCAUUUCCGACAUGAGAAGAGAAUCGUACUACGGUUUUGUCACACUUCUCCAUAUCCUCAACGAUACAGAUUUCGUCAGGAGCCAAGAGAUCACUUUCUUGAUGCCUAACGACGAGGAUAUAUCUCAAGCGGACAUGAGUCAAGAGAGUCUUGAGACGUUCAUCUUAAGACACACGAUCCCAGCAUGGCUUAUGAUCAACCACAUGCUUCGCUUCCCUAACAAGACUCUUGUCCCUUGUAGCAUCCCUGAUAGAAUGUUCACCAUUACAAAGUCAGGCGGGUCGGGACUUUUUGUGAAUAAUGCGAGGAUUGUUUCUCCUAAUAUUUGUCAGAACUCUCGCAUAUCGUGCCAUGGAAUCAGCAAUGUUAUUAUGUUCAAUGAAGACUCGUUUCCAAAGGGAAGGUUAUCACCCAAAAUGUUAUCAUCAAGAAUCAAUUCGUCGAGGCACUGAAACUUCUUUCUCUUGAUCAACUUCGGAGGGUGUGAAGAUGUUCUAAUAUGCUUUUUAAGAAAAUAAUAAGAGUUGUAGAUUUGUCAAAAAAAUCAUGUAACAGAGCUGCAGUGUGACCAAUAAACUCUAGACUGUGUUUUCCUUCAGAUUUAAAUUUACUAGACAUUAAUGUCGAUCUGAUGUUUUAUGUCGAACAGUAUAAGUCUAAAAAAAUCUAAAAAAUAAGCAAUUUUGUAUUG